AUGAACACUGAAGGACAUUAUGAAAUUGUGCAGCAUGUUAUAAAACACAAUCAUCCACUUACUAGAGAACCAUUAAAUUACCUUCAUAGAUCUGAGCGUCAGAUGAGUGAUCCAAAGAAACAAACCAUACAAGUUAUGCAAGAGUGUGGGCUGAGGCCGAUAGAUUCAUUUCGAUAUAUGAGUACAGAAGCAUGUGGUGAAGAUGUAUUGGGUCAUUCCAUGAAGGACCACUUCAACUGCUGUUAUAAACUCAAAAUAAAACCAAUUGAGGGACAGGAUUCACAAAAAGUUGUUGAUAACCUUUAUGAGCAGAUGCAAACAGAGAGUAACUUCUUCUUUAGAGUAAGAUUGAAUGAUGAAGGAAAGGCUUUCCCAACAUCAAGACACAGGCUAUGUAUAUGGCAUUUGAGUCAAAAUGCAAAUCAACAAUUUGGAUUGAUGAAAGCUGAUAAGGAAUUCAAGAACAUUUUUCACAAGUGUCUCAGUGGUUGCAUUACAAUAACAGAAUUUGAACAAACUUGGACCACAAUGACAACAAAAUACAAACUAGAAGAUGAUCGCUGGUUCAACAGAUUGUAUAGUUUGAAAGAAAAAUGGUGUACAGCAUUUAGCAAAGACUUCUUCUCUGCUGGAAUACUAUCUUCACAGAGAAGUGAAAGCGCAAACCAUGCUAUUGGGUUUAAGGCAAGCAAAACCACUAGCUUAAGUGACUUCUUUUCAAUAUUCCAACAGACAGUAAUAAGGUGGAGAAGACAGGAAGAAAGGGAUGAUUUUGACUGUACAAAAGGAAUACCAAAAUCAGAUCUCUGCAUGAGUCCACUAUUAAAACAUGCUGCUUUAGUGUACACACAUACUCUUUUCAGAGAUUUUGAGGAUGAAUUCAAACAUGCAAUGGCAAGUGCAAUUGAACUAGUUGGUACACAAGGGAACACUCUGACAUACAGAGUUUUCCUCAAUGGCAUUGAUGGUUCUUCUCAACAAGUCUCAUUCAAUUACCCAGAGUGA